GCCAUAUUAACCUUUCCCUUAACAAGGUACGUUUCGGUUCGCACCUCCGCCGCCGCCAUUAGCGUCCAAGCUUCCCUGUCUUUUAAUCGGAAUCAUCCCUUCUGCGUUGCUGCCGCCCCGUCGCCCUCCACCGCCGCUGUCUCCGGUGCCGGUGCUGUUCAGCCUGCUAAUAACCGGAAGGUGGAGAACUCGCCCGAUGGGGAACUCGAAGAAGAGCGGCGCUGGAGAUAAAAUUGGGCGGCGAAAGCGCUAGCCCCAACCCUCCGCCGCCGGUGAAGGCGGAUGCCGAGCCUGUCACUGCGGUGCGCCGCCACCCGCUAGCGUUUCCUCAAUCUCCUACAUCUUCUCCUUCAACGCCCACCCAAGCGUCCGUCUCGGAAAUGCCGGUGUUCGGCAAAAUGGUCGACUGGGACGUCUUCUCUCGGAACGUGAUGGUCGGCGGGUAUGGGGAAAAUGGUUUCUUGGAUGAUGCCCUGGAUUUGUACCAACGGAUGCUGUGGGCCGGCAACGAUAUCAGGUUGGACAUAUAUACUUUUCCGUGCGUCCUCAGGUCUUGCAGCGGUGUCCUGGAUUUGAUGAGGAAGAGAGAGAUCCAUGCUCAUGUGAUUAGAUUAGGUUUCGGGUUGGAAACAGAUGUUUGGAAUUCUCCGGUCGCGAUGUGUAGAAGGUGCGGUGAAGUUCACUGUGCUCGGAAAGUGUUUGACGAAAUGCCAAUGAAGGAUUGCAUCUUGUGGAAUGGCAUGAUUUUUGGGUAUCUUGAGAAUGGGGAGCGUUUUGAAGAGUUGAUAUUGUUCUUAAUAAUGCAUGAUAUUUCAUUUGAGCCGGAGUUGAUGACAACGAGAAGUGUUAUCUGUGCUUCUGGGUCGGUGUGUGAUAAGAGGUUAGCAAAGGAGAUUCAUGGUUGUGGUAAAGAAGAGGUUUUUUUGGGUCAAAGCAGCAAAUUAUAUAGCUCUAAAAUGAGUAUAUCCUGCCAGAUCAUGAGAAAGUAAAGAGUACAAAGUAGAAGGAAUAUUUUCUAUAGAUGUCCAAAGAAACUCUCCGGAGUGCCAGGCGACGAAGCAGACGACCUAGUCUACUGUCCUAUUCGCUUUUCGAAAUACGUGUGCUGCCUGUAAGCCACCCAACUCCUGAGCCAGUCGUCGAGUCUCUCUAAUGAGGGGAUGGCCAUCCCAUAUCUAUCCAUACCUCGGAUCCAGUCAACCUCCACAGAGGAAUCUCCUUCAAGAAGCACCCACUCGGCAUUGAGGACUCUCCUCGCAAAUGACAACCCUUUCCAUGCAGCUCGAAGCUCUACCCCAAGAACUAUAAGUCCCGUUGUGCGUUGACCCCCUGCUGCCACCAACUUGCCCAAGAGUCUCUGAUUACAAAUCCAAUCCCUCCAGAUACACCAUCCCUCAACAUGCUCCCGUUGAAAUUCACUUUGAGAUGACCAAGGGGAGGGGGCAUCCAAGAAACGAGGGCAAACCUGGGCGCUGUGACAGCGGAUAAAGUGCCCCAGAUGUCCCUAGCCAUCUCAACAGUGAGUAACGCAGAGCCUGCAGUAACCUCUCCAGACUGUAAUAUAGCUCUAUUAACCACCAUUCUUGGUAACAUCCUCCUACCCUCAAAAAUGCCAGCAUUCCUGUCCAACCAAAUAUGGUAAGCCAGGUAUGCUCUGAAAAUGCCCUCCUCUCAAGAUCUAGGGCUUCGCAUGGAUACUCUCAAUAAAAGAAUCAGGUCCUGUGCCGGCUCCACUGACUGGGGCAAGGGGACCGGUGAUCUACUCCAAAUCUCUCUCGUCCUCGGGCACUUCACAAGAACAUGAUCAAUAGUCUCCUCUACCUCCAUACACACCACACAGCAUUGCGUGAUCCGCACUCCUCGCCGGACUAGUAAACUUCUGGUAGGUAGGCAUCCCCAUGCCACCUUCUAGAUGAAGAGCGCCACAUGCGGGUGAAUCUGCAUCCUCCAAAUCCAUCCUCUCUCUAUCUGCCAUCCUGACUCCCUACUGAACAUGGGAAGAAGAUCCUUAGCUCGUACCCACAUCCGUCCCGACGCCCUCCACACUAGCCUGUCCGACUCCUUCCGAAA